GAAGAGAGAGAGAGAGAGAGAAGAAAAGAGAAAAAAGUGGUGGGCGGAAAGAUAAAGAUCGACGGGGCCGCUCCUCCGCCCCCGCUCCCCAAUUAGGAUGGAAGUAAUUCGCUGCUCAUCGCAUAACCGUAACUGUCAAUUUUCAAGAUUUCAAAAAUUUGGAUUCUCUUCCCUUAUAUUGAGCGAGUGAAUGAAUGUUGACGAUUACCCACAAUCAACAUACCAGAAUCCCCACUUCUCCUUCCUUACUCUGCUCUGCUCUGCUCUCCACUCUCCUUCCAAACUAGCCCUCAACCCACUCUCACUCUCCCUGCCCUCGCUGCUUCUGGUUUUCCCAGUCCGCCAUGGAAUUCCCAGAAUUCCAGUUCUCUGCAGAAGGGUCAGAGGGCAGGAAGAAAAUAGACUUCAACUUUAGUGAUGAGCACAUUCCCUGCGAUUUGCGCAACAGUUUGGCUUGGGACACCGCCUUCUUCACCAGUCCAGGGAUAAUGGAUAUCGACGAGUUGUUUGAGACUUUCAACCUUAGAGCCGCCAUGGAUCGCAGUAAGGACAAGAAACCAUCAUCUGUUGCCACUGCUGCUGCUGCUUCACACUACGAUUCUCGCCAAAGUCUUGCCUGGGAUAGCGCCUUCUUUACAAGCGCAGGAGUUCUGGAUGCGGAGGAACUGUCUAUGGUGAACAAAGGGUUCAGGAACUCGGUUGCGAAAUCUGAACCUGAGACCUGGAGGUCCAUUGAAUCCAGCUCCACAGCGAACAGUGAGGGGAGCUCUCUUGCCAGCCUUGAGCUUGACCUUUUCAGUGACAUCAAAGGUGCUGUUGGUCAAUUUCACAAUGGAGGUUCCUUGUCUGCUAAGCGAAAGGGAAUGCAAGAAGGAAACGGUGGUUCCUCAUCAGGGAAGCCACCUAGGAGGAUGUCUAGCCGUGGAGUGAAUUCCACACUAUCAAGUAAAAGAGCUUCCUCGAUGGGCAGCCAUGGUGUAUGUAAAGGGAAGAUGAAUGCAGUGAAAUCAACCACACCAUUGAGAUCUCCAUCUUCAGUUCUUCCAGCUACUACGAGAAAUGGAUCAUCUGAACAAGUCAUGAGAACUCCUCCGGGAAAGAGUUCCAGGAAAACUGUGGAGCCUCGCAUGGCAGCCUCAGUUCCUACUUUGAGAACUCCAUUGAAAUUCCUGGCUGGAAGCAAAAACGGAUCUCUGAGUUCUUCUUCGAGUUUCUUAUCGACACUCAAGGCAUCCCCUGCCAGUUCCAUUAGUGGAUUGUCCUCCUCAACGGAACAGUCCUUGAGGUCAACCAACCAGAGACAUCACGUUUCUCCGGUUAAACCUUGCUUCGCAAGUUCGAGUCCAAGGCGGAGCUCCACAGCUCCCCGGACUAUGAAAAGGUUUACAGGAGUAGGCGCAACUCCAAAGAACAUGCAAGCUUCUGGCCUCCGAAUGCCAUCACCAAAGCUUGGAUACUUUGAUUCAGAAAAUCCUAGUGGUUCAGCAAUAAGGGCAGGGAACCUGAAGUCCAACUCUCAUGGACAAAACAAAUCUGCAAUGGCAACUAGCAGCAGCAGAAGUGGUAGUAGAACAAGCCUGGGGAAGCACCAUUUAAGUGAGAUUGUUGCCUUGUCUCUAAAUAGCAAAAUCGGCAGUAGCAAUGAACGGUGGCAGGAAUCCUUCAUCAACAACGAUAAUAUGAAGAAGAAGAGGUGCCUGAAGGAAGAUGGGGAAGAUUCUAAGGUGGAUCCUGGAGCUAGACAAGGGAAAGGAAGUAGUUGCAGCCGCAACAAGAGGCCUGGAAGUAACAAGGAGAACAGUAUAGCAGCUAGUUUGGACAGUCAGGUUGAUGGCCUUAGCAGACAACUUAAAGCCAUUCAUUUUAACAGGGGAUUUUCCCCAGUUUGGAAGUAGUAGGCAUGAUUGAUGACGAGGUUCAAAAUUCCUUGUUGCCCCUCUUGGUUUUUUAGUUUGUUUGCUGCAGUUGACCGAUAGCUUGUCGGACAAUAACCAUUCCUCCAUUAAAGGAUGAAUAGAUAU